AGCGAACGCCACCUGCCGGGCACAGGACACGCUAGUUCUCCCCAUGCCCGCCAACGACGCCUAUAUGGACGCAGCCAUGGGCUGAGGGAGCAAUUCCCUGUUUCUGUUCUCCGAAAACUCAAUGCACUAGAAAUGGCUUUUCGAAUCUCCUGUCUCGCGUUGUUCUUGGCGUAUGCCUUCGCCGCCGAUUGCCCAGCUACAACCACCCCGAUAGUGCUAACGAUCUCUAAUUGCACAAUAGCUUCGCAGGACUCCUCUUCCUACGGCGUUAGACUGGAUGUCGGCGAUCCGAGGCAAAAUUUGUGCGGUACUCCGAGCACUGUUGUGGACAACACGCUGCUCAUUUCGUCAAAUAUCUGCACCGGAGUACUUCCCCCAAACAUGACUACGCAGGCCCAGUGUCAAUCCUAUCAUGGAGGAACCUUCAAUAUCGCCGCGGCAGGUACAUCAUUUCACAAUAUAUCGCUAUCAACCGCGAACUUGCCGCUGGACCAGGGUUGGACAAGAUUCAAUCCCCCUUACACCGCGGCCGGAGAGACAGACCUGCACGUAGUCUCCAACGUCGCUAUCCCAAACAUGACAGUCGUAGUCAUCACCGAAGGCAUCAAUUUCACCGCGGGCCACAUCGGGCUCGGGAAAGAUUCGGUUAUCCUGCACCACCUGAAGGAUUCCAACAUGAUCCCCUCCCUCGGCUUUGGACUUAAUGCCGGCAGCCAAUCCAUUCAGAAUCCCCGCGACGGUAGCCUCGUCCUAGGAGGCUACGACUCUGCUAGUGUCACAAGCUCUUUCUAUACACAUACCAUGAACUAUUCCGAUAUGCUGUUCGGACGCCACUGUCCACUCCAGGUCCAGAUUGAGGGCCUGCAGCUUCUCGUGGAGGGGCAGGAACCAAUCCAGCUUAUUGGGGAAGGCGAUGGGCACGCGGCGUGCAUCGAACCAUAUGACAAUCUAUUUCGACUCUCUGAAGUGGGCCUUUCAACGUUCAAAGAGGUCACUGGCUGGUCCGCAAACACCACCUACGAUUCGCAAGACCUCUAUAUCCCCGAGCCAGGCCUCAUCUACCCCUCCACCACCGGCUUCAACGGCAGCCUAAAGUUCUUCCUUAGCGGCGGCUUCACGGUGGAAAUUCCCAACUCCGAGCUGCAACAUCCACUCCGCGGUCUCGAUAAGAACGGAAACUACGCUCUUAAUACCAGCUACACGCAGGUCAAUAUGUAUGAAGAGCCUCUCGCUCCGUGGGUGCUCGGAAAAGUGUUUCUUUCCCAGGUAUAUCUAGCAGUAGACUACGAAGCCCAGCAGAUCCAGCUCGCCCAAGUGCACCAAAACGACAUUACCCCCUCCCCCGUCAAAUUCGCCUCCACCAACACCUCGUGCAAGACUUCAAAGCUCAGUGGAGGAACCAUCGCCGCCAUCGUGCUCGGUGUUGUGCUCGGCCUAGCAUUUAUUGUCGGAGCGGGCUACUAUCUCUACCGUCGGCGCAAGCGGCAAACCCAGCAGCCGAGCACAGUCACAGUCACACCGGAUCCCACUAUCCCAUCAGACCAGCACCCCUCGGCCAUCGAAACCAACCCCGUCACCUGGGAGAAGCUGCACGGGCCGUUUGAGAUGACGGCGGAACGGAGGACGUCCGAGAUGGAGUCUCCGAAUAUGGGAUAUGCGCCUCCGUCGCCGCGUGCGCCGCCGUCGCCGCAUGCGCCCAGCGAGCCACGAGCUGCUCAGGCACCUCUACAUGAGAGGGCGGAGGAUGCUGCUUAGCCCGUCUCCAUCCAGGCUUUGCAGAUUUGUUACUUUGUCGACGUGAGGAAACGUAGCGCUUUGGGACCGUGCGGAGAGUAGACGUUAAGCAGAUACGGCAGA